GAGCCCCCAAUAAAAUGAUUUAAAAAAAAAGAAAGAUGUUAGCCCUCGAUGAAAAAUGAAGCAUGAAGCUAGACGGGGGUCUCCAGUGUCUCUUGGGGCUUUGAUCAGAAAUGGGCGGUGGCUAGUUGCUGGUGGUGGGCUCAGCCAGCAGGGUCUGAGGGUUUGUCCUCCCCGCCCCAGAGCUGCCCGAGAACUGGACCGACACGCGGGAGACGCUGCUGGAGGGGAUGGUCUUCAGCCUCAAGUACCUGGGCGUGACGCUGGUGGAGCAGCCCAAGGGCGAGGAGCUGUCCGCUGCGGCCGUCAAGAGGAUCGUGGCCACCGCAAAGGCCAGCGGGAAGAAGCUGCAGAAGGUGGCCCUGAAGGUGACACCCCGGGGAAUUAUCCUGACGGACAGCCUCACCAACCAGCUCAUUGAGAACGUGUCCAUUUACAGGAUCUCCUACUGCACGGCAGACAAGAUGCACGACAAGGUGUUUGCGUACAUCGCCCAGAGCCAGCACAGCGAGAGCCUGGAGUGCCACGCCUUUCUCUGCACCAAGCGCAAGAUGGCCCAGGCCGUCACCCUCACCGUAGCCCAAGCCUUCAAAGUUGCCUUUGAGUUUUGGCAGGUGUCCAAGGAAGAGAAGGAGAAGAGGGAGAAAGCCCUCCAAGAGGCGGGGGAUGUCCCAGGCGGGACCCACCGUGACAGCGUCCCCUCACUGAAGAGCCUGGUUGCCACCGGAAACCUGUUGGACUUGGAAGAGACCCCCAAGGCCCCACUGUCCACGGUCAGCGCCAACACCCCUAACACGGAUGAAGCUCCUCGGCCUCCAGCCCUGAGCAACAGCGGUGUUGUCUGGGAGCUGGAUGACGGCCUGGACGAAGCCUUUUCAAGGCUGGCCCAGUCUCGGACGAACCCUCAGGUCCUGGACAUCGGCCUGACGGCCCAGGACAUCCAGUACGCCCAGUGCCUCUCGCCUGUCGACUGGGACAAGCCUGACGGCAGUGGCACCGAACAGGACGACCUCUUCCAUUUCUGAGGGCUCCGGGCGAGCAGACACUACGUGAGGGGAGCAAAGCCUCCGAGGCCCCUCCGGCUGCAGCCUUCGUUGGCAGGGAGCCGGAGGGGCUGUUUCCUCUCACCCCGCGCUCUCUCUCGGAGCUCAAAGAUGCCUUCACUAUUUAUUCAGUGACUACUGUUCUUGCUUGGACCCCAGUUUGCGUCCAGCAUGUCGCCCGCUGUGUGCCGUGUGUGGUGUUAGAACUAGCUUCCCGCUCGCUCACUCUCUGGCUGAGGCAUCAGGACAGGACCGAAGCCUUCCCUGGCCCUCCCUGCUAAGGGCCCACGUUGCGCCAGAGGCCCCGUCAUGCUCAGGGGAAACAGGCCCGCUGCCGUUUGUUCUGGAGCACAGCGACCCAGCGGGACCGAGGAGAAGUGCUCCUCAGGGUUUCUGAGACUGAAUCUUUACGCAGCAGACGGCCUCUUUCUCCCAGAGCAGCUGGUCAUUUUGAGCGGCGGCCCUUCGUUUGAAGCCCAUUGCGGAGCCCACGGCACGGCCGGUUCAGGACUCCUCUGUCUUCUGGGGGCAGUCAGCUUGCUGGAGCUUCGCACGGGCGGGCGCUCGCAGCCUCAGGAGGGGACUGUGUCCUCCAGCCGCCUUCCUUGGGGCCCCAGCUGGCCCGGGCUUGGCCUUUGGUCCCAGGGGCCCUCGGACGGCUGGGCCCUGACCAAAGCCACCGUGUCGCUGGGCACUUUAAAGCACACAGCGGAUGGGUGGUGCUGCCAGGCAGCUUUCUUCCUGCCUGACUUCCCAGAGUCCCUGUGGGGGAGCGCCACCCAUGCCCACGACCAGGGUCGUGGCCACCUCGGACUCCAGGGUCAUCACUUUGCCCAUCGUGCAGACCAGGUCUGCCAGCUCUGUGUGUGUGUGUGUGUGUGUGUGUGUGUGUACUUCUCUGACCCCAACCUCCCCUUUCUGCACUCACUCAAAACUGUUGUCUGGCCCUUAGACAGUUGAGGCAACACAGACUGCAGGGAGGCAGGGUUGUGGGGAGCUGAGCCCCAUCGGAUGCCAAAGCUGCUUUCUCCAACCCCCUCUCCACCCUCACCCCCCACCCCAGCUUUGUUGUCCUCCCAGGAACCAAAAAUCCCAGCUAUUUUCUGACCAAAAUGUGUUUCAUAACAAACCAUCUGGUGCCUUCUGCGUACAGAGCUGGCACAGCCUCCGUGGCUGCCUGCUCGCUCCAUGUUCAUUUCCACACAAACCAAGUGCUUGAAGUCCGAGAGGCAGAGAGGAAAUAGUCGGAUUCCACGGCAGCCCAUGGCCCCUUACUGACAGGACAGCCCGGCCUAGGCUGGGGAACAGCGCAGGCUACCUCUGGAAGCCCUUCGCACUCCUCCAGGCCCCCACCACCCUGAAACCCCUGCACCUUUCCAUCCCAAGGUACUUCCCAUGGCUGGGCGUGGGGCAGGUUGACCAGGUUGACCACGCUCCAGGAAGGGGCACGCCCUGUCUCCACCGAUGAUAACAGAACCAGCCCCCAGUGCAGCGGUGAGGGGGCUUUGUGGGGUCUUCAGCAGAAUCCAAGGUCCUUUCACAUCGCCAGCCCCUGCGGGUGUCAGGAGGCAUCAGGGUGCCCCGUGAGAGCCCGCCGCUUGUGCUGGCCUGGCCGAGGCUGCCGCCGCGUGUAUCUGCAGCUCGGCUGGGUGGUGCUGUGUUUGGGACACUGUAAGGAAGAUCUAGUGAGAAAACAAUAAAUGUUACUCUUUCAAAUACA